AUGAGCGAACUCGGCCUCACGCUCUACACAUAUUUCCGAUCUUCCUGCUCAUGUCGUGUCAGAACAGCUUGUCAUCUCAAGGACAUUCCACUUGACUACAAGUUCGUUAAUCUUGUAGCAGGAGAGCAGAAGGCAGGGCCAUAUAUCGAUCAGGUUAAUCCGAGUGGACUUGUUCCAGCUCUCGUGGUCAGGGAUGCUUCGGGGAAAACAGUAGCGACGAUCACACAAUCGGUUGCUAUUCUUGAGUUUCUGGAGGAGGCGUUCCCAACGAGUCGGCCUCUUCUACCGCGAGCAAGCCAGCCUCUUCUUCGAGCUCGAGUGAGGGAAUUGGUUGGUAUUAUUGCCUGCGAUAUUCAGCCUCCGACCAACCUGAGGAUUGUGAAAAGGCUCAAUGGUCUAGGUGUCACGAAUCAGCAAUGGUUUCAGGAAAUGAUGGAGUCACCUUUGACUGCUUAUGAAAGCUUCUUGAAGGGAACCGCUGGGAAGUACUCGGUGGGGGAUGAGGUCACGCUGGCCGAUGUAUGUUUGGCCCCAGCUAUUGAAAAUGCCUUGAGGUGGGAAGUGGAUUUGAGCAAGGUUCCAAAUGUCGUAAGAGUGUUUGAUGCUUUGAAGGUUUUGCCUGAAUUUGUGAAGGGUGACUGGAAGCAUCAAGAUGACACUCCGGAAAAUUUGAGGGCGCCAUGAGAGGGAGUGCUGCAAUGAUGGACCAUAGCCAUCUGUGUUGUAUAAAAAGCUGAACGAAGUGGUAAUAUCUACUCCAUCUCUAGAGUGAUGACAUUGCUGUUGCCCCCAUCUAUGAGUACAUCCCGCAAUGUCUCGCAGCUUUUCACGCGGAUGUCGACAAAUGAUUCCGGGCUGUAGAACGCUGUGUGACAAGUGAUUACCAUGCGGCCUUCUAGCCACGGCUCCUUGUUACGAUAUGCUUGGACAAGAGGAUGUACCCUGUCUUCUGGAAUGGGUUCCUCCGGUAGAACGUCCAAGCCUGCUCCUGAAAUAAUGUUCUCCUUUAGGCAGCGUUCCACGGCAUCGAGCUGCAAAACUUCUCCACGCGAGGUGUUCACCAAUACUGCGCCUUUUGGCAGCAGUGACAGCAGUUCAUAGCCAAUAUAGCCUCGCGUUUCUCUCGUGCAGGGCGAGUGUAAACUUAGGACAUUGCUUCUCCGGAACAGCUCUUUGACAUCCUUCGUUCUUUCCAUGCCCAAGCUCUUAUCAACCCCGUUGGGCAGGUACGGAUCGUAGAAGAGAACAUUAAAACCGAAAGCUUUCGCUCUUAGAGCUGCAGCUGUUCCAAUUCGACCAAGACCAAACACGCCGAAGGUUGAUUGCUGCAG